CAGAUAAAAAUGUCAAAACUCUUUAUCAUAAAUGCCUGGUACAUAUGAAUGUGCUCAUUGAUGACUUUGCAUCAGCGUAAUUAUUUUGUUUUUAUACCUUUAUUUCCUUUUUCAAAUUGAUUCUUAACUCUUUGACUUUGGAGUGUUUGUGGCUGGAAUGUUGCUUGAGCUUUGCUUAAAAAGUAGACAAUCAUUUUAGACUAUUAUUAAUUAUUAUUGACUAUAUUAUAUAUAUUACAUAUAUAUUAUAGGCUAUAUAACAUAACACUACUAUAACUUAUAGCAUGACAGUAAGAAAAUCAACAUCAUGCCAUCAACUUUUUUUUUUCUUUUCGUAAAAUUUAAAAGAAAUCACCGGGCCAUCUCCUGGUCAUGGAUUGAUAAUAAAAACGUUAUAGUUAUUAUUAGUUAUAUUAUAAUACUUAUACUUAUAUUAUGUCACGGAUGUGUCAAUGUGUUUGUUACAGUUACAACUCAACUGACAACAGUAAAUGUUGUGUUAAAAGUUUAUGACUAAUGGGCAUAGGCAUAGACCUAUAGCCUAUACUAUAAUACUAUGCAUUAAAUAAAUAAGUCAGGCCCCCCUUAAGUUAAAUCUGGGUUCAAUAUGGAAAUGAAAAUGUAACUCCGUUGUAUCAAUCUCAUCAUGUAACACCAUAUUUUACGGACUAUACUAUUAUAAGAGUAAUAAGAUGCAUUUUUCUUUUAAAAAUUGCCUCCACAAUUCAGGUGCGUCCUAUACUCGAAAUUAAUAUAAAAAUGGUAAUAAUGUUAAUUUUUAAAAAAAUUGAUUAAAAAUUAAGGUACGUCUUAUAGUCCGUUGUGUCUUAUAGUCAGUAAAAUACAGUAAGUUAGAAUUAAGUUUAAGUCUCCCUUACUCAUUUUACUUUACUGAAGCUACUCAUGCAGUAGAUUAGUUUUAGUAGGCUAUACAAUGCUAUUAUUAUUAUUUAGUAGGCUAUAAAUUACAUAUGAUAUAUGUAGUAUAGACAGUAUAGUAAUUUAAAUAUGAUAGUGAUAGCCCUCACAGACACAUUUGACAUAAUGAAUGAAAAUACAAAAUUAUUCUAUAAUUUUUUACUAAUAAUAGGCAAAUGCAGUAGAAAAACAAAACUAUAGACUUAAAAGUAGGUCUAUAAAAUGUAUUUUAUAGCUUAUAAGUUACUGUAAUUUAAAGGUUGCCCCUUGGGCCUUGGGUGGGAUCAUAUCAACUAAUGAAUGAGCCAUAAUUGAUCAUGUGUUUUAUAGAAGCAUUUUAGUACUGGUCUAAAUGGCCGCUUGCUAUCAAUAAAUAUUUUGAGAAAAAAACAUACAGUAGUUUUAGUAGUCAAAAGGACUUAUGCCAUAUCUAACUUCCACUUGAGGCCUCCUUGACUAAGCCUACCUACUGUUAAUUAUGGUGCAAGCCUUAUUAAUUUUAUUUACCAGAUUCUUGAUCCAUUUAUCACAUCAAUGUACUUAUAUAAAAAAAAAAUAAAAAAUGGAGAUGGGUGGUUCAAGGUUGAUUUCUGAUAUCAGUAUGAAUAUGGGUUUUAUAAUAAAUACUGAAAACUUACAUUUUUAGCUCUCUCUAUAUUAUACUCUAUUCUAUAGUGAUUGUCUAAUGUAUGUUAAAUGAGAAUUCAAGCCAAACUAAUCAUUAAUAUAUAAUGUUCUUUUGCAGACCUGAUGUAUGACACUAUACUGAUUUAUUAUCUGAGUGGAAACUGCCAAAAGCACCAAGAAGAGACUGGUUUAGCUCUGGUACCACUGUAAAUAUUAGAUAGAUGAUUAUCUAAACACGAAUAUCAGAACUGUCUACGGCGUCAGACAAGCAACUUCAAAUUGUUGUUGUUCCUUCUACACUUGUCGAUAAAAAAAUUAUGUUUGGCUUCUUUAAAGUUUCAUCAUUGCUGCAAGAAAUUUAGAUAAAAUUCAUUUUAUCUAAAAUAGUCAUACAUUCAUUUGCUUUAUAAAUGCCACUAAUACACUGCCUUUAAAUCAACAAUGUUGAACACAGCAAUAGCCCAAAAAGUUUCAUGGAUUAGGUGGCUGAUAUUUCUAUUAUUAAGUUUUCUUGAACAUUCAAGUUGUAAACUGCUACACGAGGGUAAGUAGCCAUUUUUUUAAAUACUUUUAAAAGUUUAAUAGAUAUAAGCACUACUCUAGAGAGUCUAAUGUUUGCAUGAAAAUGCCAAAUGACUUAAUGUAGCUUUUAAUAAUUAAAUUUGAUGAAAACCUAGAACUUCAGAUGUUAUUCUUUACAGCACCGGUACAUGUUUUCAGUUAUUGCUAUGAAAUAUAUUGUCUAUCAAUAGAUGACAUGUAAAUGGCCCUGGAAAAACUUUUUCAAAUAUUAUAAAAUAUUUUUUCUACCAAAAGGAAGACACUUAAAAGGCUCUUUAUUUAAGCAUAGAAGUCGCAUGUGCCCUGCAACACUUUCGGCUGCAGGAGGCCAAAGUUGUGAGGUUAAGUGUGAAUGCAGGGGCAACAAAACCGAAAGGCGGUAGGGGCUCCAAAAGUUAUGUGAUGGCUGUGCAUUAAGACGAAGAUUGUAAUGGCCCCUUACUUGAAGACUCCAACUUUGAAGCCUUGAUUUUUCUAUAUAUGAUGUUUUAUAGGUCACAUAAUUGAAUAUUGUGUCAUCAUAUUGGAGUAAAUACCCAAAUACAACUUUUUCUUUUGUUAAUGAAGACAUUUUUAUUUUGAGUAUUGUAAGGGUUACAUAGGUGUAUAUGUCAUGUGCAGUCUCAUCUAACAAAUUCAUACUAUUCAUAGCUUUACCCACAACUAUAAUCAUCCUCUAUAUUAAACUAAGUCUAAGCUGACCACAUAGUUUGUUUUUUUUUGUUUUUUUUUCAAAAUGUAAUAAAAUACCAGCUGUGGCGUGGCUAGUGGGGUGCGGACUGCACCAGGUGACACCAUCUCAGGGUUGUGACACCAAAUUGAAAAAUUGCAUAUUUACAUAGUCCAACUUGCUCAGUCUAACCAAAUUUCAUAAAAGGAUAAGUGAUCACACUUAAACUUUCCACACAUGUAACCAAUCCAAAUUCUUGCCUCAUUAAAAAUCCAAGGCUGAUGUCUCAGAAAUGAGGUAACUAGGUAAUGAGGUAAUUAGGUCAGAAAAAACACUGUUUUGACCAUGAUUCAACGCAGAUUGAAGUGUUUGGUAAAUUUCAUAAGGGACAAGAAGCUAUAUUAUUAUAGAUUCUGAGGAUUAAGCUUUCCAUUGAUACCAUUGGGCGAUUCUAAGUAUAUGCAUAUUACAGUUCUUAAAUACAUUUAACUUCUGACCUUCAAUUAGGGUAAUAAGGGGAGAGACUGCAAUCAGGUUAGCACAAUAUAAAAUGAGUAAAACAAAGUAGGGUUAAAACUGAAAAAGGAACGCAACAAAACAACGAACGUGUCGGCAGAAAGCCUUCUUCAGCGAACAAAACAACAGAAAAACCGGUAUAAAAAAAAAAAAAAAAAUAGCACUUAGCUUAGAAGUAGUAUCCGUGGGCAGCAAAAGAAAUGUGCCACAUUUAUUUACUUACAAGAAUACAUUAUUUAAAAAAUAGCACUUAGCUUAGAAGUAGUAUCCGUGGGCAGCAAAAGAAAUGUGCCACAUUUAUUUACUUACAAGAAUACAUUAUUUGGAGAAAAAAAAAGAAAAUGCUUUAGAUGUUAACUGCAAGUAAAUUUCACAAAUUUAUAAUUUGAACACUACUUGUUGUCAAGUGCCAGGUUUAAAAUACAUUAUUUUUAACAAAGAAUGUUUCAAUUACCCGUACAUUUAGUCAUUUCUUUUAAUUUAAAAAAAAAAAGUAUCUUUUACGAAAUGCCAGAGUAAUUAUUUAAAAAAAAACUAACAUAUAACACGUUUUUGUUGUUCAAAAUUAUGUAAUGUAUAAGUCUUAUGUAAUUUGGUGCAAAAUUAAUAUGCAUUCCGUAUGUUCAUGUCAUCAGCGUUUUUAUGCUGUCCCCCACAUCCCAAUUUUUUUUUUAAAUCCCCUUUUUAACCUUAGCUGUCUCAAUGUGACACUUUGCAAUUUUGUAGCAACAUUGUAAUAAAGCUUAAAUUGGUAUGUUUGGAAUGCUCUCAAUCUAUAAAUAGGCUUUCCUAAAGGUGACGUGUAAGGUUUUAUUUAUUCAUGGGACGAUCUUUUGAUAAGCCUUAAUACAAUGGGAGUCGUGUUAAUGAUGGGACUAUGGUUAAAUGCCAUUGGGGUUUACCUCCAUAUCUUAGAUUCGAAAUACAAAAGUGCGGACGUUUCAUAUUCGGGUGAGCAACCCCCACUCCUCGCUCCAAAAAAAAAAUAUAUUUAUAUAGAUCAAAUUUCAUUGUUUGUGACAAAAGAGGUACAUGGCAUGCAGUUUCACGGGACACGGAGUUUGGCCGUAACUUUGUAUCUGCAGUCUCAGCUCUGCGGGAAGUGUUACACAAUCUUUCACUUGAGUUUGUGUUUUACCACAACCUCCUUUGCAACACUCGCCUUUCAGUGUAGCCUACAUAUUGAUUUUCCAUCGGGGUUGAGGUCUGCCACGAGACCCUCCAUUUUUCUGUGGUUCUUUCUUCUCUCUUCUUCUUUCUCUUCUCCUCCUCUCAUCUCUCUCUCUCUCUCCUUCUAAUAUAUAUAUAUUAUACACAUACGGUGUAUAUGCGGUGGGAUAGCAGGAGAUGGGAGAGGGGGGAGUGUGUCUGUGUGAGCUUUUGCCUAGGGCACAUUAAUGUGUAAAUUCAGCCCUGCAUAUAAAAUAUAGUGUAUAUUUUUCUUUCCUUCGAGAGCUUGUAACAGCUUCAAUACGACUUAACCACUUAACGUCUUUCGUUAGAGUAUAAAACCUAGCUUCACUUUGCGUGUGGUUGCCUGGCCUCGAGGACCCACUAAUUAACAUCUGAUAUCUUUGAGCUGACCGUUGCCCUUACAAGGUUACCGCUCGUGGGAGUCUUUAUUAUUUCUCCGGGCCCCGAGUGGUGUACGUGUCACCACUGUCGACAUUUGAUAAGACGUGUAGUCUGGCAUGUUUUGUUUUUGGCAUGUUUUUAAAACAAACAAAAAAAUAAUAUUAAUUUCCUUAAACUAAAAAGUCGUAAGUGUACACAGUAAGCUGAAGCUUAACACGCGUGUUCAGUGUUCGCAUAUUCAGUAAAUGAAGAAGUGACAGUAUGUAGGAGAUAUAAAUUGUAUAAAAAUGGCCGGGGACCAUGGCAUGCAGUAUUAAAUUUAAAAUAAGUUGAGUUGACCUCAGUGUUGGUGGCAUCAUCCUUCAGGCCGAAGGUUACACCCCAAAAGGGCUACUGGAUCUAGAUGAUGAUGGUGGAGGUGGCUUAUAGCCCCCAACCCAUCUUGGCGGAUCGUUCAUAACAAAAUUAUCGUUAUGCCACUGUGAAGAUUACACACAGUUACGCACGCUGGUAUAUAUAUAUACAUAUAUAUAUAUAUAUAUAUAUGUUUAAGGGGGAUACCGCUUGUGGGAGUCACACAACCAGAGUUUUAAGCCUAUGGCACAACGAAGUAUUUUCCGCAGUCUCGGAGUUGGACCACUGUGGUACAGAAAAGUAAUAGCCCGGUAGUUAAAAUCCUUGUGUUAGACGAAGUUAGAGCUCGACGUUAACUCUACUGAAGUACAACACAGCCCUCACACGUGUAGCCACGCCCACACGCAUGUAUUAUAAUCCACACGCAUGGAGUCCCAUUUUAAAAUUAAACCAUGCCACCACACGGCCGCAUGCAGCUCUACAUGUAGCCACGCACACAAAUGUAGCUCACAUAUUUAGCCACGCCCGCACACAAGCAUCCACACGCUCACGCAAAUAGCACCACACAUACUGACAGUGGCGUAUCCAGGGUGACGGGGUGGGCCAAGACCUUUUCUGCCCCCUCAAUAUAAUAUAGAGACGAAGUGUCACCCAGUUCGGACCGCCCCUUCCUACACCACUGCAUCCUGGCUGAUAUCACAGGUGUGGUAGAUUCAGAUGAAUGAUACUGAUAUAGUUGUGCCGUGGGGUGCACUGUUACAGUGUUAGCCACCGAGUGGCCGAUACCUAUUUAAACAAAUCUGUAGCUGCUGGCUGUGAGGUCAGCUAUCAGUGUAUAUAUGCGGGCACACCCACUACGACUCCUCUGGCACUCGCAUUUGAAUCCGCCACGGGCUUGGACUCGUAGGCAAAAUCCAUCGUCUCUAUAACAGAUUAUACUGUUAACCGCAAUUCUUAAUUAAAACAGUACUAGGUUCAAAGGUGUCGGUCGAAAAUGGAGAUGUCUUCAAGUACCCCCUCCCCCCACACACAUACACAUGCUUACUAUAAUACUAUACAAAUUGCACAUGCAUCCGUUGAAAGUGUGUCUCUGGCCUUCCAACUGCCAAGGGAAUGAAUCAGAGUUGAAUGGGGGUGGGGGUAAGUAAGACAGGCUUGCCAACGCCAUACCCAUCCCAUCAAGCAUGUGUGAUGUGCCUAGCACUCAGACUCACUGCUGCUAGAUGCCAUCAUGUUAAACAGUUCUGUGGAGCAGGUGAAAUCAUCAUUCACUGUAUCAUUUCUGUUUAUAACUUUUUUUUUUUCGUUCGCUGAGAUAUCGGAGAAUCUCCCUCCGCCCUCCGCCCCCCCCCCCCCCCCCCACAUACACUCCCGAACCACACACGCAUAGCAUCCCCUCAACGAUUUUCGUUGUUUGUGAACACCCCUCUCCUACCCCCUACCCCACUCCCCCUUUUGGUCCCCUUUUAUCUGACUGCCUGCCGAGGCUUAUCUUUCUGGGGUGAGGGUAAACCUUAUGCCUGCUCCUACUGGCUGUUACAUCCCGAGUAGGGCGGAACGGAGCGAAGAUAAUAAAUGGGGGUACAACAAAAAAAAUAAAAAAUACAUGCAUAGAAAACAAACCUGCUGGCGGGUGCUUGUGUACGUUGAGUUUUUCCACAGUUUUUCCACCGGGCCUCAACCUAGCAAUUUGAUUAGAUUUUUUUGUUUUGAUUUUAAUUUUAACCGUGAUUCUCAAAUUGACAGGUCGUGGUUAAUAAAACAUUUGAUGAGUUUGCUUGGGUGCAAAACGUCAUGUGGAUUUUUUAAAGUUUUAUAUUUUAAUUUCGAGUCCCCUCAAGUAUUCCAUCUCAAGGGCCAAAUAUCACCCCUCUCCCCGUUUUUUUUUUCCCCACAAAACAAACAAGAUACAAGCAAAACACACGCGACCAUGUAAGCAAAGCCAAGAGGACCCAAACGCCCCCCCCCCCUGAAAAAAAAAAUAAAUAAAACCCUAAAGAUUUUUGUGAUGUCGUUUGCAAUGUAUCAAUGUAUUUUUUAUUCACAAAAGUUUCAAGUCCUGAAGUGUCGAAGUCUGUAUAACCCUAGUAAAAGUUACAAAAUUAACUCUGUGGUGUUCACGUAAUAUUUUUUACAAGAUGGGUUCUCUUCAUUUGGAUGUAAAUACGUUUUUUUGUUUGUUUGUUUUUUUAAAUUAUUUUUUUAAAAGAGUGUAGUGGAUUAAAGAAUCCAGUAGAAAUGUUAACUGAUGAUUGAAUGCACAGCUCACUUUAGGGAUAUAGGCAUACGUAUAUAUAUAAUUGUGUUAGUGUUUAGAUAUAGGCUCCGGGACUGACGCUAAAAAUCUAGAACUUGUUAUCGUGGCCCUGUGUGAACGCCUGAAAGAAAAAAAAACAAGCAGAUCCUUAUUAUUGCCUCACAGGGGAGGUAAGUGGGGAAAGAGGUGGGUGGUGGUUGAGGGGGGGGGGGCACGACACACACAAUUAUGAUAUCUGUAGGAAUGGGUUUUGCUGACAAUUUAAAUGGGAAGGAAUUAAACAAAUUAGCAUUAAUUAGGUGUUUUAAAGGAUCAGUAGAAGUCUAUCAAACCCAUGCACUGAGUUACUUUAGGAACUAUAGAGCCGCUGCUGUUGUAGGGGCCUCUGAUAAGGCCCAAAGGUUGAGGUGGGAAAAAGCUUAUAUAUCAUCUUGAAUGCAAGGAGCCUCCAAAAGUAACACGAUGGGCUGGGCUAUGAAUCGGACCGUUUCAAAGGGGAAGGGAGAACCAAUUCGUUGUAGAAAAAAAAUUCACUGGAAAAAAAGUCACAGAAAAAAAGUCACUGAAAAAAACUAAUAAUUUAGCCAAUAUAUCCAGCGUAGCCCGGAACUGUCUCCCAAUCCCAUUGGCAUCCCUACCCCGUUGGUAUCCUGAUCCCUGUCUAGAUCCUUAUUCCGGUGGGAUCCCGAUCCCGUCAGUAUUCCGAUCCGGUGGUUUCUCGAUCAUUGGGUUCUCAAUUUCGGUAUCCUGAUCCAAUUACGAUCCCCUUCCCAUUGGGAGACUGACCGAAUUAGGAUACCAAUCGCGACUGGGAUCCCAUUUACAAAUCGGAGCCCAUUUCCCAUUGGGAUCCCGACCCCAUGGGAUCCCAUUUCCAAAUGGGACACCAUUGGGAUUCCGACCCCACUGGGAUUCCAAUUCUAUUGUUAACCCUUUUCCAAAUUGAAUACCAUAUCACAAUGGGAUCCCGACCCCUGUGGGAUCCCGAUCUAAUUCCAAUCCUUGGGGGAUCCCGAUAUCAGUUGAUCCUGAUCCAAAUGGGUUCCCAAUACCGGUGGGUUCCCAAUCAUGUUGGGAUCCCUUUUCCCGGUUGGAUCCCGUUUCCCGGUGCGAUCCUCUUCUACCAUGGGAUCCCGUUUGCCCAAUUUGAUCCCAUUAAUCGAUGGGAUCGCAUUACCGUUGGGUAUCAGUUUACUCAUUCCUUUUUAGGAUCCUAUUCCUUGUUGGGAUUUUGUUCUAUGUCUAUGUGGAACAUAUCCACAAACAAACAUUCACUUUUAUAUAUAUAUGUAUAUAUGAUAUGAGAUAUAUGAUAUGACAACUAAGAAUAAUAAAGAAAAAUAUUUCUGUGACUUUUUUUACCUGUGACUUUUUUUCUGCUCACCGACCAAUUGGAUGGGUCUCAUAUUCACAAUGUCCUCUCACUAAGGAGGUAUAACUAUUAAAAGAUCAACUAAUAACAUUGAAAUUAAAGGGGUAAAAAAUCUCUUUAAUAAGCAGUCAUAAAUGAUAAUCUUAUUUUUUAAACAUAAUAUUAAAUUUAGUAUUUGUAGAAUUUUAGCUAUAAUUUUAUAUUUGAAAUUAGGGCCUCCAAACCAAAUUCUGAAAGCCAAUGGCUAUAAUAAUUUAAAAGAUACUAGAUACACAUAAAAGGUUAGAUUUGCUGAGAGAAAAAAAUAUUAGCCUAAGAUAGAAUUAUAGUUCAGUCUGUAUAGUUUUUGAUGGUGAAGAUGACAUAGGGGCAUAGUCAAAGAAAGAUAGGUAUGAGUACACACACACCCAUAAAUACAAAACGUUAUUGUAAUCUAGCACCCAGUCAAUGGUCUUAAAAACUGAAUUGUUCAAAGUUUAUGGGGGAAUACUCAUAUUUUAAAAAAUUAUUUAGCAUUUAGGAUUGGUAUUUAUUGGAAGAAAUAUUCAUGUUGGCCAAUAAUUUACUUAGAAUGGAUGUUAAAAAGCUUUUGCCCCACUGUCAGGCAUUCUUUCAGAUAGAAUUCCUUUCAUUCUUACAGCUUGCACCUUUUUAUUUUUGAGCAUUCAAAAUGAUUAAGUUGGUUUUCAAAAAAUCAUAUAAGGUUUGGAGUAUUUUUAGUCAAACAUUUAUUGUUGUUUUUUUGGUUUGUUUUUUUAUUUAUUUGUUAAAUGAGUCACAUUGCAUUUUUAAAUGAAACUUUAAUAUUAAAUAUUUUUUAAAAGUGACCUUAUCAUGUAAAUUCUCUUUUAAUUUCAGCUUCCUUUUAUGGCGAAAGCUAUUUAUUCAAUCCACUGAAAGAUGCCAGUAGUUCAACCUGGAUCUCUUUGGAGUUUCGUACCAACCUGCCUCAGGGGCUGCUUUUUCUGGCAGCUGGCACCACCGAUUACGUGAUCAUCCAGCUGAACGGAGGUGUUAUGGAGACCAGGGUGAACCUUGGAUCCGGGGAGGCGGUGGCAUUCUCUGCCCGAGGGGUGCGCCUCGAUAAUCUGCAGUGGCAUUCUUUGGUUUUAAACAGAACACAGGAUUCUGUGUAUUUAGAAGUGGAUGGAGCAGGUCAGGGACAGGCGACCACACCAGGCAGCUACCACGAUCUUAACAUCGAUAUAGGUGUUGUUCUAGGAGGUGAUGGCAAUUUGAAGAAAGAGCUUGAAGCAAAGCCUUUCAGAGGUUGUUUAAGAAAUGUCUUUUUCAAUGGCCAUAACAUCAUUGAAGAAGCCAAGACUUUGAAAAGUCCACUGCAGAAAGCGUUACAGGUGUCGUGGCAGUGUGAUGAUGAAUUCAGCAUCACAUCUAACGUGCCUAUUAGUUUUAAUUAUGAAAAUUCUUUCAUAGCUUUUCCUCACCUUAGGGUCAGCCCGGAGACCAGGGGAACAUUCUCAUGCGAGUUGAAAACACGUUCCUCCAAUGCUCUGGUUUUGUUUAAUUCUGGCAUUGGCAGUGCAUCUGAUGAUUUCAUAUCUGUGGAAUUGAUAGAUGGCAAACCUAAACUGUCUAUUGACAAGGGGAGUGGAAUCAUAGAGGUCAUCCUCGAAACUCCAAUCAAUGAUGGGAGAUGGCACAAAAUAGAGGUGUCUGUGUCACAGACCACAGCUGAGCUGCAGAGGGAUGUGGAAUCAAACACGACCAGGUUUCACCUUGGCAGCCAGAACAACCUCAACCUUGGCAGCCAUCUGUUUAUCGGUGGUGUGGGUGCAAAAUCCAGAGCUCACGCCAUCAAGCUGGGACUGGCCGCACUCCAAGGCAGCUCUGCGGGGAAAGGUUCCAUGCUGGGAUGCAUUCGCAACAUCAUGGUAAACUCGCGCAGCUAUGGGUUCCAGCAAAUUCAGAUAUCCCACCUCAUAAGUUCAGAGUGCACUUGGGAAUUCCCAUGCUCAAAAGAUCCCUGCGUUCCAAGCGGCCACUGUGUAGAGUUGGAAGGAUCUGAUUUUCGGUGUGACUGCAAAGAGCAAAACUGUGUGAAAGAGCAGUUUCAAGCAUUACACGAGGACAAGACGAAACAGCUAAGUGGGAUUAUAUCUGUCGACAGGCUAGAAGUUAACGAAGGAAGUUUUGGUGUCCUUGGCACAAACACAAUAAAGAUAAACAGGGAUUUUUUCAAAGAAGCAGUGAGGGAUGAGAGCAUUGUUUUUGUUGUCAAGGAACCUCCAAAAGAAGGUACCAUUGAGAUUCGUGGAAGAGCCCACCAGAGAUCAUUUACCUUAAAAGACCUGAAGGAGAACAGCAUUUACUACAGACAUCAGGGUGGACCAGGCAGGAUGGAUAGUAUAACUUUGGAGGUUGCAUUGAGUUCAUUGGUUAAGGUAUCAGAGUCCUUUCAAGAGCGUUAUGAUUUUGUUUUGCCUGUACGAAUAAUCCCUCAGAGUGUCAAAAAGCUG